GACAUCCAUACGAUUUUAAAGUGCUUUGCAUUAAAAACAGAAACAGCAUCACUUCUCUCUGAAGUAAUCCAAUACUGAUAAUUAAUGUCAAACUGCACGCUGGAGCGGCACCAUGCUGCCUCGCUGGGUGAAACAUUGCUAAUGGAAAGAAAGCCUUAUAAGAUCCAGCUGAUCCAAAUCCCCCUAAAUGCAGCAUAAUGCCUUCAAAAGUGUCAUGUUUGUACCUGUUGACAGUGGUCUGCUGGGCGAGUGCUCUCUGGUACCUGAGCAUAUCCCGCCCGAACACCACCUAUGUCGGCCACAUGUCUAUUCCUAUACGUAAGGUUCCAAAACCCCCCCAAAACAUCACGUUUACCAACAUCCACACCCGCCCCCUUAACCCACAUGCCUUUGAAUAUGUCAUCAAUGAGCCGAAGAAGUGUGAAAGUGCCGCUCCCUUCCUUAUCAUCCUCAUUAGCACCACCCACAAGGAGUUUGAUGCACGGCAGGCCAUCCGGGAGACCUGGGGGGACGAGAGCACCUUCGGGGACAUCCGCAUCCUCACCAUCUUUCUGCUGGGCUGGAACACGGACUCCAUCUUGAACCAGAUGGUGGAGCAGGAGAGCCAAAUCUUCCAUGACAUUGUGGUGGAGAACUUUAUUGAUUCCUACCACAACCUCACCCUCAAGACCAUGAUGGGCAUGCGCUGGGUGACUACCUUCUGCCCCAAAGCGCAGUACAUCUUAAAGACAGACAGUGACAUCUUUGUCAACAUGGACAAUCUCAUCUACAAACUCCUGAAGCCCACCACCAAGCCAAGGAGGAGAUAUUUUACUGGCUAUGUCAUAAACGGUGGUCCCAUUAGGGACAUGCGCAGUAAGUGGUACAUGUCCAGGGACUUGUACCCCGACAGUAGAUACCCUCCUUUCUGCUCGGGUACUGGCUAUGUGUUCUCUUCAGACGUUGCGGAGCUCAUCUAUCAGACUUCAUUACACACAAGACUGUUGCACCUGGAGGAUGUGUAUGUGGGAAUGUGCUUGCGAAAGCUCGGUAUACACCCGUAUCAGAACAGUGGUUUUAAUCACUGGAAAAUGGCCUACAGUCUGUGCCGGUACAGGCGGGUUAUCACCGUGCACCAGAUCUCCCCGGAGGAGAUGCACCGCAUUUGGAACGACAUGUCCAGCAAGAAGCACCUGAGAUGUUAGGGGACACGAGGACCACUUAACAACAACUUCCUUUUUGUGUUGCCUUUUCCUCUUUUGUUUAACUCAUCACAUUGUGUAAUGUAAAAUAAAAGGCCUGCUGCGAGUCUUCAUGACAGAUGUUUUCAUAUCUAUUUCUGCUGAUUGCACACAUGAUUGUUAACGAAUGCAUGAGGCUUGUAGCGUAUUCUCAUGCAUAAUCAAAAUGUGGCGUUUGUUACUGAGACUAAUUUUGUUCAUGUAUUCCAGGUGCAAAUUUAAGCAUAAUAUUCUUUAUGUGCAUUAAGUCAAUCAGCGUUGAGCAUUGCGUAGUGUGGCCUGAUGGGUAGAGACUGUGUUUCAGACGACCUUAGUUCAAGCUCACAUUCACAAGUGUCCUUGAGACACUGGAUCUGUAACAGCUGCAUGGCUGCUGACUCAGCACCCUGA